GAUGGUUUUGAGAAAUUUAUUUCAGUGAUUAAAAUUGGGUAUUUCGAAGGUUGUGAGUGGAUGGAAGUGGGCAAUAAUCAAAGGAAGUAGGAGUGAUAGGGAAGUUGAUGAGUAUAUUAAUAAGGAUAUUGAAGAGUCUAUUCAGAAAUCGUAUUUGAAGUAUAUAAAGAUGGUUUGUUGGCUUUUUAUCAUCCUUCUGACAGUUGUUGUUAUUUUCCACUACCCAGAUCUCUCAGAAAGUAAUAUGAGUACAAAAAAUCAAGCAUCCCUAAACUCAGGGGUGUUGAUUUUGAUAUUAUUGGCUCUUAUUAUUGCUCUUGAGUUCAAACCCAUUUAUAUUCUCUAUUUCGUGCCAAUUCUCAUUUGGUCUGGAUCUUAUCUAUGAACUCUUUUGACAUUGAAGAAAGACUACUAUCGACUUGAUGAAUAUCAUAUUUCUAGCUGAUGCCUAAGUCAUAUGCUAAUUAUCCUAGUACCUCAUCAAUGGAAAUCCAGCUCUUUCGUCCAUGCUGCUUCAUUGCUAUAUAUGCUUUAUAAUAUAUGGGAUACUUAUGGAGUGACUAACUCGGAUAUGAUCGCUGCCAUUCUGUUUUCGUGACUAUGGUUCACAAUAUCUAGUUAUCUACUUAUAAUAAGGACUAGGAGUCUCUAUUCUGAAAUUCUACGAAAUAAGAAGCUUAUAAAUGAAAUGAAGAAAGUUAUUCAAAUUCUUCCUUUCGGAGUAGUAAUUUGGCCCGCAAAAGCUGAUGAAAAAUGGUUCACAAACAGAGAGUUUACUAGCAAGUAUGCUAAAAUUAGAAAUGACCUAAAGGAACUCGAAGAUAUUGACAUCUCAUUUGUUCAGAAUGACAAACAAAAUAACAUAUCGCCUAAGUUAUCAACUUUUCUAAAAUCUCAGCAGACAUUAUUAAAGAACAAAGAAUCUUAUUGUGAACAAGAUAUCAAAAUUGAUUGAAACUUGGAAAGAGGAAAUAUGAUAGUUGAGAAUCAAGAUAAUUCUUUAGAAAGAACUUGUAGUAUUAAAACUCUUAUGGUUGAAUGGGAAGGAGUCGAGUCGUACAUGCACUGCUUCAUCGAUAACACUGAUGUCAUAAAACUGGAAGAAGCCAAGAAUAACAUAAAAUGUCAGAAAAUCAUGUUUGCCAGUGCUUCACAUGAGUUCAGGACUCCUCUCAAUUCGAUCAUGAACUCAAUCGAUAUUCUGAAGGCAUCUUUUUAGAAUCAUCUUCGGAAUCGUACAGCCUUAUAUUUCAAGACUGAACCCAGAGCAGAAGCAAGAAGUGGACCUGAAUCUGCUAACUGUGGAGAAGUUCCUGAAGAUUGGCAAGAACUCGUCGAUGCUGCUUUUGACUCUGAUCGAAGACGUGUUGAAUCUAUCAAAGAUGGAGGCAGGCACUUUCACGAUUAAGAAAGAAUUGUUCGGAGUCAAAGAAAUUCUUGAUGAAAUUUAUAGCAUUUUCAACAUGCAGUGCGAGCAGAGAAAGUUGAAGUUAAAGCUUGAAGUAUCCGAAGUAGUUAAAGCUUUGGUGAUAAACUCAGACAGAGCAAGGAUCAAGCAAGUAUUGAUGAACUUGAUCUCAAAUUCUUUGAAAUUUACUUUCAAAGGAUCGAUUACUAUUUGAUGUAGAGUCAACCAAUGUUCGAGUUCCAAAUUUGCAGAAUUCAUUGUGCGAGAUACAGGAGUUGGAAUCAGAAAUGAAGAUCAAGAGAAGCUAUUUCAACUCUUCAGCAUGGUUUCAAAAUCAAAGAGUCUAAACCCAAACGGAACUGGGAUAGGACUUACUGUAAGCAAGAGAUACGUAGAAACUAUGGGAGGAAAAAUUCAUCUAAAAUCAGUGUACAAGAAAGGAACUGAUGUAAUAUUCACUAUUCCAAUUGAUGAAAAAUCUAAAACCAGAAAUCGCUUGCCAAUCCCUGCUCAUCCAUCACACAAUUACAGUGAAGAAGAGAGUUCCUUCUUUGAAGAAGGGCAUAAAAUGCUAGUAUUCUCCAGAGAUAUGUCCUUAUGAUCCCGUGGAAAAUUCAUUAAAGCCAGAUCAUCUAUCUAACCUACUGCCUUAACGAUGAUGUAUUUCAUAACUU